UUUUUUUCCAAAACUUUUCUUUUCACAUUUAUUUUCACUUUAUACAUAUAAUGGCAGGAAUAAAACGUAAAGCAGAAUUAGAAAUUCCAAUUGCGAAUGAAAAUGACUUGUUGAAAAUUACACCACUUGGAUCUGGUAAUGAAGUCGGUCGUUCAUCCAUUUUAUUAGAAUAUAAAGGAAAAACAGUUUUGCUUGAUGCUGGCAUUCAUCCUGCCUAUAACGGACUUGCUUCGUUGCCUUUUUUUGAUGAAUUGGAUCCUGCAAGUAUUGAUGUACUUUUGGUUACUCAUUUCCAUGUAGAUCAUGCUGCAUCCGUUCCUUACCUUAUGGAAAAGACAACCUUUAAAGGACGUGUUUUCAUGACUCAUCCUACAAAAGCUAUUUAUAAAUGGCUAUUAAGUGACUACCUACGUGUAAGUAAUAUUGGUGAUGAAGAUCAAUUAUAUACAGAGGAAGAUAUGCUUAAUUCAUUUCAUCGUAUUGAAGCAAUUGAUUAUCAUCAACAAGUGGAAGUGGAAGGCAUUAAAUUUACAGGUUAUAAUGCAGGUCAUGUACUUGGAGCAGCCAUGUUCUUGAUUGAAAUUGCUGGUGUCAAAGUUCUUUAUACAGGAGACUAUUCAAGAGAAGAAGAUCGCCAUCUGAUGGCAGCUGAAAAGCCUGAUGAAGCAGUUGAUGUUUUGAUAACAGAGAGCACAUACGGUGUUCAAAGUCAUGAACCUAGAAUAGCAAAGGAGUCUCGAUUUACAUCACUUAUUCAUAAUAUUGUGGGACGUGGAGGACGCUGUCUGAUGCCAGUAUUCGCACUUGGUAGAGCACAGGAAUUACUAUUGAUUCUGGAUGAAUAUUGGGAAGCUCAUCCUGAGUUAGACAGUAUUCCAAUCUAUUACGCAUCGAGUUUAGCCAAGAAAUGUAUGGCAGUCUAUCAAACAUAUAUUAACAUGAUGAAUGCUCGUAUAAGGAAACAGUUUGCUAUCUCCAAUCCCUUUGUAUUUAAGCAUAUUAGUAAUUUAAAAAAUGUUGAACAAUUUGAAGAUUCUGGUCCUUGUGUCAUGAUGGCAAGUCCUGGUAUGCUUCAGAAUGGUUUAUCAAGAGAAUUAUUUGAAAGAUGGGCACCUGACAAGAAAAAUGGAUUAGUUAUUACAGGUUAUUGUGUUGAAAAUACACUAGCUAGACAAGCAAUGAAUGAACCUUUAGAUUUCCAAGCUAUGGAUGGUCGUAAAAUACCUUUAAGAAUGUCUGUAGAUUAUAUUUCAUUUUCUGCUCAUGUCGAUUUUACACAAAAUAGUAAAUUUAUUGACGACGUUAAAGCACCCCAUGUUAUUCUUGUUCACGGUGAAGCAAAUGCAAUGUAUCGUCUCAAGUCAGCAUUGCAAAGCAAAUAUUCAGAAAGAGAAGAAAAUGUUACGAUCUAUACACCAAAAAAUUGUGAUACUGUAAAGCUUCACUUCCGUGGUGAAAAGAUGGCAAAGACAAUUGGCAGAUUGGCAGAAAAAUAUCCUACUGAAAACCAGUCAUUAAACGGAAUCCUUGUUGUUAAAGAUUUUCAACUAAAUAUUAUGAGCCCAGAAGAUUUGAAUGAAUUAGGAGGUUUAAUAACAACGGUAGUAACUCAACGACAAAUUGUGCCUUUUAAUGCAGGAAUUAGUUUAUUAAAAUGGCACCUCGAAAUGAUGUUUGGAGAUGUGUCAGAAAAAGAUAUUAUGGAAGAAAAAGAAGUAAAGGGAACUGUGCUUCGUGUAUUUGAUAUAAUUGACAUUAAAAAGACUUUAUCAAAUCCUAAUCAAGUCAUGCUAGAGUGGAUCGGAAACGCUAUGAAUGACAUGGUUGCUGACUCUGUAUUAGCAGUUAUUCUAUCUAUUGAUAGCUCUCCUGCAAGUGUGAAAGGUAUUUUGCAUAAGAGUUAAAAUAUUAGUCUAUCCAUAUAUGUUAUUCAUUUUUAACUUUUUUUUUUCUUUACCUGUAGUGAGCUCUCAACCUUGCUCACAUCAUAAAUCAAAUGCUGAAGAUGAGUUGGAUAAAGAAUUUUUAGAUGUUGCAUCCUUUUUAGAAGCACAAUUUGGUGAAGUUGAAUUAGACAAGGAAGACAAAAAGAUUAAAGUUAAUAUUGAUGGCUCAAAUGCUACUGUAGAUACAAUCAAAUUUGCUGUUGAAUCAGAGGACGAGGCUUUAAAAAAGCGAAUAACUGAUGUUUUAUCGAGAGUUAAAAUGGCUAUAAAACCAAUUUCAGAAAUCUGCUGUUUAUAACUUUAUAUAAUAAAUAUUUAUAACCACAUUGUAAAUGAAUAAAAAAUAAUACUAAAUCUAUGUAAAAAAAAA